GCGGGACGCGAGGGCGCGCACGUGCGCCGACUCUGCUCCGGCCGGGCGCAGUCCGGACUCGCCGCCGCCGCCGCUUCCUCCUGCUCCCGCUCCCGCUCCCGCUCCCGCUCGCCCAGCGUGCCGCGCAGCGUCCCGCACACACGCAGACACACGCGCACAGAGCGGCCCCCCCCUCCCCUCCCCCCGCCAUGGGCGUGCAGGUGGAGACCAUCGCCCCCGGAGACGGACGCACCUUCCCGAAGCGCGGCCAGACGUGCGUCGUCCACUACACAGGGUUGCUGGAAGACGGGAAGAAGUUCGACUCGUCGCGGGACAGGAACAAGCCUUUCAAGUUCGUCAUGGGCAAACAGGAAGUCAUCCGCGGCUGGGAGGAAGGAGUGGCUCAGAUGAGCGUGGGCCAGAGAGCCAAGAUGACCAUCUCGCCCGACUUCGCCUACGGGGCCACCGGCCACCCGGGCAUCAUCCCGCCCAACGCCACCCUCGUCUUCGACGUGGAGCUCCUCAAGCUGGAGUGACCCCGGCCCCCGCCCCCCCCCCCCCCCCGCCGGGGCUCGGACCGUGGCCGAAUCCGGAACGUCAGCUUGGAAGAGAACGCACACGAGUUUGUCUGGACCCCCCAACCCUCUGCGCCCCCUCCUCCCCCGACCCGGAGAGGUCCCCACCCCCCAGCCAGGGGCAGCCCCCCCGUCCCGCUUCCGUCCGCCCCGCUCCCCCCUCUCACCGGCCUCGUCUAGAAACUAUACUUCGUCUUAUAUAAUGUAUAUUUUUUUGUGGGUUGGGGGGCGGGGGGGAGGGUGGUGGCGGUUGGGGGGGGGAGAGGUCUUUCCGGGGUCGCACGCGGGCAGGGUUAGAGCCGCCGGCCCUGGGUUUCGGCACGGCGGAGGGGGAGGGGGGACGGGACAUCCCCCCCCCCCCCAGAUGAGGAGACGGGGCCAAAGCCCCCCCACCCAAACCCCCGCCUCGGCCCCCCUCAGGUUUGGAUCGUCGCGGCCUGCUUGGCUUAAAUCGAUCCCGCGGGUCGAGGAGGGGUGUGGAAGGGGGUUCCCCCCCCCGGGGGGAGGGCGGCGAGAUGUGGACGUCCCCCCACCCCCGGCUGGGUUUUUUGAGGGCGAGCUCCCCCCCCCCACCCCCCCAAGGUGACCAGAUCCGGGCGCCCCCCCCACCUUCCCUCCCGACCCCCGCCUGUGUUGUGAUUGGUGAAAGAUGUCGCCGCCACCCCUGAUCUCCCCCUCCCCGAAUCUCCUCCUCCUCAAGUUUUAUUAUUGCAAUAAAAAUGCUUUAUGCUGGCUUUUCUCAACCA